AUGGCUGAUACUCAAGUUCGAGCUCAAAGACACGUCCCUGACAAUGGCGGAGCAGGGGCCUCGGGUAUACCACAUGUGACCUCGGCCUCGAGAUCAGUAACCAUGGAGUCCAAGGAACUCGCUAGGAUUAUUCAAGAAGGAAUUACGGCGGGCCUACUUCAGGGCAACAAAGGAAUGACAGGAUUCAGUCCCAACACUCCCUUUAUUCCCGAGAUAUUGACAUUUCCCUUACCAGACAGAUUUAAGUAUCCUAGGAUCAAAGAAUAUGAUGGGACCACCGAUCCUAUCAAUCAUCUUAACGUAUACACGGACGUCAUGAAUCUACAGGUCGCACCAGAUCAGGUGAUGUGCAAGGCCUUCCCGCAAACUUUGACGAAUGCUGCUAGGGAUUGGAAGAUAGCGGCUUCCCUCAUGCAACUUAGACAAGGGCAAAAUGAGACCCUACGUGACUUCAUGACCAGGUUCGACAAGGAAAGACUUCAGAUUCCCGACUUACAUAUAACUGCAGCAGUUUCUGCCCUCACAUAUGCCAUAAAGCGUGAGGCUUUCAAGAUGUCUUUAUCCAAAACUCUGCUAAAGACAGUGACCGAGCUUCUUACCCGAGCCAAGAAGUACAUAAAUAUGGAGGAAACACUGAACCCGAGAAAGGUUGGACCACCCCAUGACAGGGUCGAGCAUAAACGACAGCACGACCCGAACCCCAUGAAGAACAACAUCGGAAAAAAUAGAGACAGGAGAAUGAGGUCACCACCCGAAUCCAGAGACAUGAACAAGUACUGUGAGUUCCAUCGAGAUCACGGGCAUACCAAAAAAAACUGUAAGUCCCUGCAACUGGAGAUUGAAGCUCUUAUUAAAAGAGGACUCCUGAGUUCCUACGUCGGUAACGACAAAUGCCCGAGGAACGAUCGUGGUAGGGAAAAAGCCCCUGAGGCAAAAAGGAAUGGUUAA